ACUAAAUUAUUCUACUGAAGAAACGUCAAGUUACAGGUGACAUUUGUUUACGUACCGGGUACCACAGCAAUAAAAUAAAAACAAUAAUCUCAACAAAUAAAUCACUAUGCACUAACUCAUGUCAUACAUAUUCACAUAUACUGAUAUAUAAUAAUCAUGCCUGGACCAGAGGACAACACAUCAGAACUAGGUGAGAUAGAAAAUGUACGAGUUGUAGUACGUGUUAGACCAUUAAAUGGAAAGGAGUUGGACGGUCAUUGUAAAAAAAUAGUCAAAGUCGAUCGUCUCAACUCCGAAAUAACUGUCGAGAAUCCUAAUGCAGUUCAUGGUGAACCACCAAAAGUAUUUUCGUUCGACGCGACGUUCGAUGAUGACUCGACCCAAGUGGACAUCUACAAUGAAACGGCCCGUCCAAUUGUUGAUAAAGUGCUACAAGGUUACAAUGGCACGAUAUUUGCGUACGGUCAAACUGGUACGGGCAAAACAUACACAAUGUCCGGCGCUAAAACACCACCACAGUUACGUGGAAUAAUUCCUAACACCUUUGCCCAAAUAUUUGGCCACAUCGCCAAGGCCGAUGAUAAGCAGAAAUUUUUGGUACGCGCUACUUAUCUGGAAAUAUACAAUGAAGAGAUUCGCGAUCUGCUGGGCAAAGAUCAAAACACACGACUGGAAGUCAAGGAGAGGCCUGACAUCGGAGUUUUUGUUAAAGACUUGAGCGGAUAUGUUGUCAACAAUGCUGAUGACUUGGACAGAAUUAUGUCCCUGGGAAAUAAAAAUCGUGUGGUUGGAGCAACUGCGAUGAAUGUAUCGAGUUCCAGAUCGCAUGCGAUAUUUACGAUAACUGUCGAAUCUAGUCAACUUGGCGAAGACAAUGAGCAGCAUGUGAAAAUGGGAAAACUUCAUCUUGUUGAUCUAGCAGGUUCAGAAAGACAAAGUAAAACGAAAGCAACAGGAAUACGUCUCCGUGAAGCAACAAAAAUAAAUUUAUCAUUAUCAACACUUGGUAAUGUCAUAUCAGCAUUAGUUGAUGGUCAGAGUUCCCAUGUGCCUUACAGAAAUUCAAAAUUGACUAGACUUUUACAAGAUUCGUUGGGUGGUAAUUCAAAAACAUUAAUGUGUGCAAACAUAAGCCCAGCGGAUAUGAAUUACGACGAAACAAUAAGUACAUUACGGUAUGCAAAUCGAGCUAAAAAUAUAAAGAAUCGAGCGAGAAUAAAUGAAGAUCCUAAAGACGCAUUGUUGCGACAGUUUCAAGAUGAAAUUGAACAGCUGCGUAAACAAUUGGAAGAAAACGGAGAAGAAUUAUCGGAAUCAGAUGCCGAUACUGAUGAGUCAAAUCCAGCUGAGGAUGAUUUAAAUUCACGUAAAACAAAACGAAAAAGUCAGAUACUGACGAUGGAAGAGUUAGACGAUAAAGACAUUGAAGUAGCCCAGGAAAAAAUCGACAAAGCCGAACAUACAGACAAGAGUCCUGAUGAUACGGAUGUCAUUGAAUUGAAGAAGACUCAAAAUGAAAAGGAAGUGCUGCGUGAAAAAAUGCAAAAUUUACAGAAUAAAAUUCUUGUUGGUGGUGAAAAUUUGCUCGAGAAAGCCGAAGCUCAAGAACGUUUACUGGCCGCGUCGGCGAUUGAACUUGACCAGCGUAAAAAACGAGAAGAGCAACUGAAGAAAGCGAUCGAAGAAAAAGAAGCCGAGCGAAUUGAUAUAGAAGAAAAAUAUUCGUCAUUGCAAGAAGAAGCUGCGGGAAAGACUAAAAAAUUAGCUAAGGUCUACACGAUGUUGAUGUCCGCUCGUGCUGAGUUGCUGGAUUUGCAAGAGGAACAUCAACGAGAAAUGGAAGGUUUGCUGGAAGGCGUGCGCGGUAUUGGACGCGAGCUACAGCUGCAAGAGUUGAUUUUGAAUAGUUACAUACCCGUUCAAUAUCAAACUAUGAUUGAACGGUACGUUCACUGGAAUGAAGACAUCGGCGAGUGGCAACUCAAGUGCGUUGCUUACACCGGGAACAACAUGCGCAAAGCGCAAACUACACCCGCCAUCGGCACUGCUAAAGAUCAACCGCAACUAGACUUAUCAAAUAUUUAUCUGACUUACAAUGAGCCGGAAAAUAAUUUAAUGCCGACGAAAAAAUUGCGCGGACGCUCUGGUGUACCCAGACCCACUACAGCUCAUAAACGUACACCUCAUUAAAAUUUAUUUAUUUAUUA